UUCACAUGUUCGGGGCCCCUUAGCACCUAACGUAUCAGUUGUAUGAGCGGUCAGUGUGUUCGAGUGAGGUGUCAACCCCGUAGCAAAAAAAAUGGAUAGAGGUCUAAACCUUAUGCACGUAAUUAUUCUGGGUUUUGCCAUUCUAUCGCUAAUAUUCCUAAUUUCUGGGUUCGCCACACGGGGAUGGAUCAUAUAUGAGAUGACGAUCGCUACCACCCCGGGCGAAGUGCCUUACCACGACUGGCAACAACACCCCGAACACAAGGCCAACCUCAAAUUCAGCAUCACGUUUGGUCUCUGGAAAGGCAAAGCAUGCGUGAUGUCAAAAUGUACAGACCUCUCCUACUCACAGACUGCGGGAAUUAUAUUCUACGAUAAAGUGGCCCACGAGUUCCCAUGGACUCGCUACAAGGUGGUGGGGACCUUCUCUCUGAUCCUGGGAAUUCUGUCCAUGUUCUUUACCUUGGCUCACGUCAGAACCAACAACUGUCCGUCUGGAGUCGUUACCUUGAUAACGUGGACCUCAACAGGCGGACUAUUCUUCUACAUGGUUGGGAAGUUUGCAAAAGUGACGGAGAAUAUGAACUCGGAGUUUACGGUCUUCCAUUACAAGUACGCAGACGCCAACAUCGACACGGACACUCCUUACUCGGUGGUGCUGAUUGGCCUGGGAUGUCUCGCCGCCUUCACCACCGCAUUCAUGGUGCUCGUCAACGUCAUAUGCUGCGGACAGGGUAAAAGUCGCCGCGUCCUGCGGUUCGGUCGCACCGCCGCCACCAUGUCAGCGUUGUCUGGUACUGCGGCGCCCACUACCACCACGUCAGCGACGUCCAUCUUGCGGUUUUGAAUUUGUCAGUGUCAGUGUCAAUGUUCAAACUAGGUCACAUCUUGUACAGAGAGUGCGACGUUAUUUCCAUUGUUUGAAAUCUUCGACAUCCAUUUAUUUUUUGGACAUAUUCCGGAACCUGGCUUUACUUUCUUACGGCGCUGACUGAUAUCAGAUAUAUCCUAAACAUUUGUUAGUGUAAAAGCUUGUACAUACUAAUUUAUCAAUGUUCCGUAUUUAUUUAUUGAUGCUAUUCGACAUUUUCUACAGAUUGACAUGUAUCAUGACAUUAUUGAUCUAUGAAUGACGACAUAUUGACGUUAUUCAUUGUAUAUAUAUAGUUGGCGUUUUCCAUGGCAGUGACAUGAACAGUUCGGCAUUAAAAAUAAUAGUUCGGUUAAUUUUUUUUGUAUGAAUUGUUAGUUAUUCGACAAUGUUUAUCAGAUACCAAAAGGAAUGAGUUUUAAAGUUGUUUAUAGAAGAAGAAAUCUCGUUCCAUAGUCCCUGGUCAUUUUCUCCCAGAAGUUAUUUUUGUAGCACACAGAGAAAAAUAAUGACUCAGAUUGACAGCAACCUGCAUUUCCUGAUAAAAAAAAAACUUAUUCCGAUUGGAAUAUCAUGUACAAAAUAAAAUCACACGAAUUCUAA